AUGUCGCUGAGUCUUCUAGGACGCAUUUCGCGGGGGCCCCGUGUCCUGUCCGCCACGCCACGACGAUGGGGAAGCUCUGUUUCCCAGCGCCCUGGCUCGGACCGUGUCCGGUUUCCAGGCGCCGUGAACAGCAAGUUCACGACAGAGAUGGAAUUCCUCAAUCCCUCCGAAUCGUCCCACAUCCCUACCUACCGAGUCAUGGAUUCCGACGGCGUGCUGGUUGAUAAGAGCCGAAAACCCCUGAAUCUAUCAGACGAGGAGAUCCUUACGUGGUAUAAGAAUAUGUUGUCCGUGAGCGUGAUGGAUGUGGUUAUGUUCGAGGCGCAAAGGCAAGGCCGGAUAAGCUUUUACAUGGUAUCUGCCGGAGAGGAAGGUAUCAGCGUUGGUUCCGCCGCCGCCUUGACCCCGGACGACGUAGUUUUUGCCCAGUACCGUGAAACGGGCGUCUUCCAACAGCGUGGAUUCACGCUCAAGGACUUCAUGAGUCAGUUAUUUGCCAAUUGUCAUGACAAUGGCCGGGGACGUAACAUGCCCGUUCACUAUGGAUCUCACUAUCCUCGCACACACACAAUCUCUUCCCCACUUGCGACGCAAAUCCCCCAAGCAUCAGGCGCCGCGUAUUCUCUCAAACUGCAGGCUCUUCAGAACCCCGACACGCCACCCCGUAUCGUGGCAUGCUACUUUGGCGAAGGCGCGGCCAGUGAAGGAGACUUCCACGCAGGUCUGAACAUCGCGGCUACCCGAUCCUGCCCGGUGGUGUUCAUCUGCCGAAACAACGGAUAUGCCAUCUCUACGCCGACUCUCGAGCAAUACCGAGGCGACGGAAUUGCCAGUCGCGGAAUCGGAUACGGCAUCGACACGAUCCGCGUCGACGGAAACGACAUCUUCGCCGUGUACGAAGCCAUGCGCGAAGCCCGCCGCAUUGCCCUCUCGGACGGUGGCAAGCCGGUGCUCAUCGAAGCCAUGAGCUACCGCGUUUCCCACCACAGCACGAGCGACGACAGUUUCGCCUACCGGGCCCGAGUCGAGGUCGAGGACUGGAAACGCCGAGAUAACCCGAUCAUCCGGUUGCGGAAGUGGUUGGAGAACGAGGGCUUAUGGAACGAAGAUAUGGAGCGGGAGACGCGCGAGCAGUACCGCAAGAACGUCCUGAAGGAGUUUGGGGAGGCAGAGCGGGAGAAAAAGCCGCCGAUCCGCGAGGCCUUCCACGGCGUCUAUGAAGAAGUCACUGAGGAGGCCCAGGCUCAGAUGAAGGAGCUAAAACGCAUUCUGGAAACGUACCCGGAGGAAUACGAUCUACGAGAAGCAUACGCCGAACGGCUAGAUGUAUGGGAUCAUUUCGACCCGGAGGACCCUACACCUCCUGCAGCGCGCCCGCGCGUACCUAUGAAGCCUCGGAGACCUGCUACACAUGAUCUCACAGACCUCAUCUUUCGCGUCUACCAACUCGAUUUUGAAGAGUAUAAAGAUUCACGAGACAACAUCGCGAAGGUGGAGGAAGCAAUCAUGACCUCCAUCGGCCUACACGUGCAUCUAGUCAUCAGGGGGAAGCGACGAUUCGAAAUACUGAAGGCGUUGAAGUUGCAAUAUGAGCCGUCACAAGCAGAAAUGAAGGACAAGGUCCUGCGGCAAUAUCAAGCGGUUAUGAAGAGAUCUCCACGGAAAGGCAAGAUCAAGGCCUGGAUCGAGGAUUUUGACCACGCUUACCUUGCGAUAAAAGAAUACGAUUUACCUGAGAGCAAGGAUCACUGGGUGCAACGGGAUUUCCUAAGGUCUAUUGAGAGGGUGGAUCCGCCGUUUGCCAGCAUUAAGUAUUCGAGCGUUGGGAAGACCACUUACACCGCGCUCGUGAGGGAUUUCCGCGCUUAUCUCACCAACAGCGAGCAAGAAUGA